AUGGAUGUCGCAUCUCGACGUAAGCUAGCUCAAUCCCAAAAGUACUGCUACAACUGUCUUGCGCUCACACAUUCGGUAUACGAAUGUAAAAGUAAAGUGUCCUGUGACAAAUGUGGUAAACGACACCAUAGUUUACUGCACUUUACUUCACAAAAACCCACCCCUCCCGAUACAAGAUCUUAUUGGCAACCCAACACUUCUUUAAGUACCAUUCCCAUACAGUCCACUUCUAUUACUCAGCAACAACCAUCCAUUAGUUCAGGAAAAGAUGUUUCAUCUGAUUCUUCAACUCUUCAAAGUUUUCUGGUAAACCAGAAAAGGAAUAUUUUGUUAGCAACAGCUUUGGUUAAAAUUACUGCUCAUAACCAAACAUUUCUCCUGAGAGCUUUGAUCGACCCUGGUUCUGAAGCUACAUACAUUUUGCAAUCUGUAGUGAACCGAUUUAAGCUUUUCACCCGUUCAACCAAUGCGUCUAUUUGUGGCAUUGGAGAAGUUCAAAGUGAAUUUUCAACGAGUAUGUGUCCUCUCACUCUCGAAUCUCGCAUCAACCCUGAUGUACACAUUCCCAUUGCAGCUGUUGUUUUGAAAAAGCUGACAGGUAAUUUGCCAUCGCAGACUGUUGACGCAUCAAACUUGGUUGAGCUCAAAAGAUUGCGAUUGGCAGAUCCUAAUUUUGAUAAACCCGCUUCUAUAGAUAUGUUGAUAGGAGCAGAUAUUUACCCUCUUAUUUUAUGUGAAGGUAUAAAGAGAGAAAAAGACCUUUCUCCAAUUGCACAAAAUACGGUUUUUGGGUGGAUUAUUUCAGGCCCAUGUAAUGAAAACCCAAACAAAACAACCCUUAAUACAUUUUUUAUUAGACUUUUGCUUCUAAAACAAGUUCAAAGGUUUUGGGAACUCGAAGAGGUUCCAUAUGUCAAACCCUUAUCUGAUGAAGAUAAAUUUUGUGAAAAAUUGUAUGUGGAUACCACAACUCGAAAUAGAGAUGGUCGUUAUAUAGUGAAACUUCCAUUCAAGCCCAACUUUAACGUUUUAGAUUUGGGUCUUUCCAGAAAUAGUGCAGUUUCUCAGUAUCUGCGACAAGAGAAACGUCUUCUUAACGAUAUGUGUCUGAAAGAAGAAUACAACAAAGUUCUAAAGGAAUAUGUUUCUUUAAAACACAUGUCCUUUGUGCCACCAUGUAGUUUGAACCUUUCCAGUCCGCACUUUUACCUACCGCAUCACGCUGUGGUAAAACCAGAUAGCGCUUCGACAAAGGUAAGAGUUGUGUUCAAUGCAAGUGCAUCUACACACAAAGAAAUAAGUCUUAACGACAUUCUUUACAGUGGCCCUGCUUUGCAAAACGAUUUGCAAACUAUUUUGUUAAGAUGGCGAUUAUAUCCAUAUGUUUUCAAUAGCGAUAUUGAAAAGAUGUAUCGCCAAAUAUAUGUUCACCCGAGUCACCGAAAAUUCCAAAGGAUUAUCUGUCGAUCUUUUGAGUCAGAAUCAGAUUUGGCUGAUUUUGAAAUCAACCGAGUUACUUUUGGAGUUAACUGUGCUCCAUACUUAGCAAUCCGAACGUUGCACCAGCUUGCUUUGGACGAAGAAAAUAAAUAUCCCUUAGCAAAAGAUUUUUACGUUGAUGAUGUUUUCUCUGGAGGUUUCAGUCUGGAUCUAGUCUUCAAGAUUCAGGAAGAAUUGAAAGCACUUCUUUUGACUGGCGGAUUUAGUUUGAAGAAAUGGACCGCUAACCACCCUCGCUUGUUGGAAAACAUCCCUAGGGGGGAUGUUUUAGAUCAACACUUUCUUAUGUUCGAAGAGUCUUCACAUUCGAAAGUUCUGGGCGUUGGGUGGAAUGCGAGGGAAGAUUCAUUUUAUAUUCGUUGUGAACUAUUUCCUCUACCAGAUUCUGUUAUGACAAAACGUGAAUUGUUUUCAAAUAUUUCAAAAAUAUAUGACCCUAUCGGUUGGCUAGCACCAACAACAAUUUUAUUAAAAAUAUUGAUGCAAGAUGUCUGGAAAGACAAAACAGAGUGGGAUGGGCCCAUAAAACCCAAUCGUGUAGAAACUUGGAAAGAAUUUGUGAAAUCUUUUCCAAUUAUAAAAGAUAUUAAAAUCCAAAGAUGGAUUAAUUAUACCCCAGAUAUGUGUGUAGAAAUACACGGCUUUUGUGACGCAUCUCUCAGUGCGUACGCUGCCACCGUUUACUCAAGGAUUUCAGAUUCAUCUGGAAACGUUUUUAGUUACCUUCUUACCUCAAAAACGAAAGUAGCUCCCCUGAAAGCUAUUUCGAUACCUCGGCUAGAGCUUUGUGGAGCUCUUUUGCUAACCAAGUUAGUAAACGCUGUACAAAGCAGUCUACGCCUUAAAAACUGUCCUGUCUACCUUUGGACGGACUCGAUGAUUGUUCUUUAUUGGCUUCGUGACUGUCCAUCUCGGCUUGAAACCUUUGUCCGAAACCGGGUGUCUAAAGUACAAACUGAAAGUCCUCCAGGUAGCCUUUGGAAACAUGUUCCUUCAGAACAAAAUCCAGCUGACGUAGCUUCUCGAGGUGUUAUGCCUCAAAACUUAAUAAAUAAUACCCAAUGGUGGCACGGUCCAAGUUGGUUAAAGUUUUCAAAGGAAACUUGGCCAGUAACAAAAAUUCAAGAAUGCUCCGAUUGGAAUCUUGAAAUAAAACAAAUAAAAAGCUUCGUUGUGCAUCAAAAUUUCAGUCAUGAUAUUUUGAAAAGAUUUUCGUGUUAUGCUCGCGCUGUAAAAGUAAUAGCCUAUUGCUUUAGAUUUAUCAAUCUCGCUUCUCCCAAAAGAAAAAGGUUCUAUCCCUAUAGAUACUUUUCUAAAAAUUUAAGAAAUCAUGAAAUAGUUUUUGUUAAAACCCGCCUAGUUAUACUAGCACAACGCCUCUAUUUUAGUGAAGAGUUCAAAGCUCUUUAUAACUCAAAACCAUUGAGUAAAAAUAGUUCAAUUUUGACUCUUAACCCUUCCCUAGACUCUGACUUUAUAAUUAGAGUAAACGGUCGUUUAACAAAUGCAAAUUUGAGUUAUAACGAAAAAUUCCCCAUUAUUUUGCCAUAUGCAUGUCCAUUAUCAAAAUUGUUGGUUGGAUUUGUCCAUAAAAUUUCCUUACAUGGAGGGAACCAGCAAGUUUUAUACUUAAUGCGAAAAGAGUUUUGGAUACCAAAAUUAAAAAACUUAAUAAAAUUCUGUGUAAAUCGUUGCAUGGUUUGUGUUUUGCACAAAAAGGAUCUUCAAACCCAGUUGAUGGGAACACUCCCACCAGAAAGGGUAAACUAUUCGUUUCCGUUCACCCACGUAGGUUUGGAUUUCGCUGGCCCCUUUGAACUAAAGGUUCAGAAGGGUCGGUUCUAUCAAGCUAUAAAAGGUUAUGCUUGUCUCUUUAUUUGCCUCUGUACAAAAGCUGUACAUUUAGAAGCAGUUGGAAGUCUCUCCACUGACUCGUUUUUGGCAGCUCUCGAUAGAUUUGUAGGACGAAGGUGUGUGCCCCAACAACUAUUUUCCGAUAAUGGUACUAAUUUCGUCGCUGCUAAUAAAGUCCUCACUAAUGAGCUUCGAAAGGCUUUGGCAGACUCAACCUCGGAAGCUGAAAAAACGUACUUGCCUAGGAAUUUGAAAUGGAACUUUAUCCCACCAGGUUCUCCUCAUAUGGGCGGCCUUUGGGAGGCCGGAACAAAGUCCUUUAAAACUCAUUUUAAGAAAGUUGUUGGAAACUCCAAGCUAACUUUUGAAGAGUUCUCUACAUUGCUCGUCAAAAUUGAGUCUUGUAUGAAUUCCCGCCCUAUUUCUCCAAUAAGUGAAAAUCCUUUCGAAUCUUUACCCUUAACACCAGGUCAUUUCUUAAAAGGUUCACCUUUGCUUUCCUUACCUGAAAGACAAAUUGGUGAAAGUACCACCCUAAAGAGUUGGCAAAGAGUUCAACAAAUUUUACACUCCUUUUCUAAGCGAUGGAAGGAAGAAUAUUUAACUGAUCUUCAGCGAAGAACAAAGUGGAAAUUUCCUAAACGUAAUGUUGAAAUUGGAGACAUUGGGGUUGUUCGCAAUGAAAAUUUGCCACCCAUUUAA